AUGGAGCAUCAAGGAGGUUUUGGAGGAAACCCGUCGGGCCACUUCACGCCGUCUUUCCCGACUCCGGCCAACAUCGGCGCUCAGGCAAGUCAUCAGGCCCCUUUCCAGGCAAACGGAUCCGAGCCUUUCAUCAGUGGCGCGGGGAUGCCGUGGCCCGGUCAUCCUAAUGCCAACGCGCUGGCGCCGCCGGCGGCGGCCGUGGCGCCCCAGACUUUCCAGCCCGAGAGCCACCCCUACUGGGCCAUGCCGCCGGCUGGUGCGCUGAACGCGAGCCCGUUCCAACACUUCAGCGGCGCGGCGGCGCGGCCGGUGCGCGGCGAGGAGCUCGCGGCGCGCGUGGCGGCCAUUAACAUAAACAUCUUGGCGUCCCAGCCUUUUCAUCCCAACAACUACACCCACGGCGGCUGGCCGCAGCAGGCUCCGCCGGCUGGGGCGAACAGUUAUGGCGGCGCCACGGGCUGGGCGCCUCCCAUGCCGCACCCUGCUGGUUGGCAGACGAGCUGGGCGCCUCCAGCGCAGCAACCUGGUGGAGAGGCGAUGAGCUGGGCGCCUCCAGCGCAGCAACCUGGUGGUCAGAUGAGCUGGACGCCUCCAGUGCAGCAGCAACCUGGUGGACAGGCGAUGAGCUGGGCUGCUCCAGCGCAGCAACCUGGUGGAGAGGCGAUGAGCUGGGCGCCUCCAGAGCAGCGCCGGCGUGUUCCGGCGGCGCCUCCGGCCAGCGGCUCAGCCCAGGCGCAGCCGCCGGUGAUGAUGACGAGCAAGAGCUUGGAGGAGUUCCUCAUGGAGGCCGGCAUCAUCGACGAGCGGGCCGUCGAUAACAUGAUCAUUGAAAAUCUCAUUAAGGAUCUGAUGGGAGACGGGACGGCGGAGUCGGGCCCAGUGCAGCCUGGCGGCCCGGUGGUUAGCCUCGGGGGGUAUGGGCAGCCUCCUCCUUCGGCGGCGGGUUCCUCCUCCUCUGUCUGGGCCGGGCAGAGAUCAGAUCAGCUGCUCGCGGAAGCCAAGAUGAGGAUCUGGAGCGAUCCGAAGUCAUCAAGGAGCUGA